UGCAUUUUUUUUGUAAAUAUAAAUGUAAAUAAAAGGUUCAGUUCACAAAAUAUUGUCUUUUUAGUAAAAACACAAUAUUAGCUCUUGUUUAAAUGGCUUAUGCAUUACUUACUGCUGGAUAAUCUUAAGUGCUAAACGCAGUACCCAGACUCAAAAAAUUAUUGGUUAUGAGAACACUUUAGUAGUACAGAAAACCUGUGCUGAAAUCCUGUGCUAUCCCAUUUCUAAGCCUUUGCUCUAAUUAAAAAUAAAAAUGAUAUCAGAUUUCGCAAAGGAAAAGGUUUUUUGGACGCAAAGGAUGAACUUGCGUUUAGUAAAGUUCAUAGAAAAGAGGCCGAAUAUAUGGAAUCCGAAACAUCCGAAGUACACGUCGGUGGCGUAUCGAGAUCGGGCUUACAACGAGUUUGCGGCUAAAUACGGCAACGACUUUACAGGCCAGGCUGUCAAGGAACGGUGGACCAAUAUACGGUCCACUUUUGCUAAUCAUUUACGGAAAAUCAAGACUAGCCAAGCCAAUGGUGAGGAAUACCAAGUCAGUUGGCACUUAUGGAAUUCAUGUCAGUUUCUAAGGAAAGUAAGCAGAGGACAGAAGAAUGCUGAAGAUGAUGAAAUCCUUCCAGCCGAGGAAAUGGACUGCCCUGUGGAUAAACCUCUUACCAGUAAAAACUCAAUGUGCAAAAGCAUAGCUGAAAACUUGUUCGAAAUAUUCAAUGAAGCCAAAAACGGUGCUAUACCAGUAGAUAAUACUAAAUAUAUAAAAGUUGGACGGCUAGUAACAAAGAAGCUAAAUCACAUGAACUCUUUUGAAGCUGCAAAAGUGUCACAAAAAAUUAUGGAAAUAUUAUUACUUUAUGAUCAAGACAAUCCUAUGAAUCCAAAUAAUUAUAAGACUGAGAGUAUAUGGAGUACCUAUAAGUAUUUUGUGUGUAAACUUCAAGACUCAUUAGUCAUUUUCGAUGUUUUCAUGUUUGCCACCUUUUCACUCGUAAGAAAUCAGUCAACCAAGAAAUGUUAUUGUUAUUUUGUUAUGGAUUUGAAAUUAAUUGCCCUUUCAAAAACGGAACAAAUAAUGAAAAUCAAUGGCCCCGAAUUUACCGAGCUCAUUAAAACAAAGUGGGACGAUAUGCAUUCAAACACAAGUGUUUUUCGCUACAAAAUUGAUAACAUAGUAGAAAGAAUAACUGAUAAGAAAUAUUUAUUGCAAUUAAACCCUAACAGAAUAACUAAAAGGAGGACACCUGAGCAAAUUGUUAAUAUUUGCCAACAAUUUGAUAAAAAUAAGUUCAAUUUCACAAGAAUUUCAAAUGAGGAAAUCUUAUUUAAGUUCAAAACAGAUAAUGAUGGUGAUAACCACAUAUUUGUAGUAAAUGUAAGUCCAAUAUCACGGUACCAUACACUCUUAUGUCCAUCAGUAGACAAAUGCUUACCGCAAGUGGUAACAAAGCAUAGUUUAAAGUUGGUCAUAGAUUUGUUGUUACUAGCCCAGGAUCGUGAUUUAAGGAUAGCCUUCAACAGUCUCUGUGCUUUGGCAUCAGUGAAUCAUUUGCAUUAUCACUUAUUUAUAGAAAAGAACACUCUACCAAUAGAGACAGUGAAAUGCAAACACAUAAAGGGCCCGUUGUAUUGCUUCGAGAACUACCCUGCACCAGCAUUCUGCUUUGAAAUAACGAAAAAAUCGCCCAAAAUUGAUGAAAUAUUCAAAUUAAUAGAGUUCUUCUUGGACAAAUCAAUAGCGCACAACAUUUUUGUUACCAGAGGGGAUUCUGUUGAAGAGAAUUUGGAUAAGAAUGAGACGUCUUAUAGAUUUGUGAUUUGGCCCAGGAAAAGCAGUGUGAGUGCAAAACAACUUUUGGCUUUCAAUGUUGCUGCUUGCGAAUUGAGUGGAUGGUUUGUUGUACAUAGCAGUGAAGAAUUUUACAAGCUUCAAACAGAACAAUUAGAAAAGGAACUAAGGAAAUGGGGAGUCGAAAAUUUUGAAGAACUGUGCGAACAAGUGAAAUUAUUAUAUUGAUGCUAUGCUCUAAAAAACCGGCCAAGUGCGAGUCGGACUCGUACACGCAUGGUUCCUUACCAUCGUACAAGAUAUUACCUAACACUUUUAUGUAAAACCCUGCAAGUUAAUGUGAUUUAGUAAAUUA